CAUACAGCUGCUUUGUUAAAGCAACAUGGGACUUCAGUGGACUAACUGGUAGAUAUUGGGCUGUAUGACAAGUAUUGCUCGACACCAGUCAUAAUUCAAUCCUUCAAAACAUCUAGUGAAGAAAAUCUACUUUUAUGAUGAAAGUAACCAUAGAGAUAAUUACACCGGAAGUCACAGUUUUGUCUCAUUUCUCAUACGGAAGUGGGCGUGAAUAACAACCACAUUCAGCAGCAUCACAUCACAGUAGACGUCCUGUAAUUAAUCACUGCAACCUAUUCAUUUCGGACUUAAAUAUAUGCAGAUCAACUUUAUUUCAUCUUUAUCUCAGCGAGAUACAAGAUCUUUAUAUAUUUCCAGCUGUUAAGAGCCCUUGGAAAUAUGAGCCAAACGUCAGAGCCUUCAGCCGAUGCUGCUGUGACUGAAGCUCCAGUUUCUCAAUCUGAAACCAAGCAAUCAACAGCAGGGAAGAAACAGAACAAAAAGAAAGUGGAAGAAGUCGUGGAAGAAGAAGAAGAGGAGUAUGUCGUGGAGAAGGUCCUGGAUCGGCGUGUGGUGAAGGGAAGAGUGGAGUAUCUGCUCAAGUGGAAAGGCUUUUCUGAUGAGGACAACACUUGGGAACCAGAGGACAACCUGGACUGUCCUGACCUCAUAGCAGAAUUCCUUCAGUCGCAGAAAUCGGCUGAAUCUGGAGGCAAGAGGCGGGCCGAUUCAGACGGAGAUGGAAAAGAGACCAAAAAGCGCAAGGAUGAGCCUGAGAAACUCAGAGGUUUUGCACGUGGUUUGGAUCCUGAGAGGAUUAUUGGUGCUACAGACUCAAGUGGAGAACUCAUGUUCCUCAUGAAAUGGAAAAACUCUGAUGAAGCUGAUCUAGUACCAGCCAAGGAGGCGAAUGUAAAGUGUCCACAAGUGGUCAUCUCCUUUUACGAGGAACGCCUCACCUGGCAUUCAUACCCCACUGAAGAGGAAGAGAAGAAGGAUGACAAAAAUUAGAUGACAAAAAAAAAGAUGUAAGGGACAGUCGAUAUCAGUCGUGGCCAUUGAUAAGCUUUUUUUUUUUUUUUUUUUUUUUUUUUUAAGAUGGCAAAAAAAAAUUGUCAGAAACAAAUUUGUAAAAAGCCACAGUAUAAACUGUAAUCUACAUAGGUUUCAGCGUAUUUUAGUUCUGGCACCAUUACCAUAGGUGAAGCGAAUAGAACACUAGAAAGGUGACUUUGCACCUUUAACAUACUCUUCAUGCUUUCUAUUGACAAAAACAUUCGAAUCAUGUUCAAUUCACACAACAUAUUGAAAGAGCAUCACAGUCUGGUAUUCAUACAUGUGAAAUAUUGUUCUUUACAUGUUAGAAAUGCCCCCUACCCUGUGUAGAUUACAGUGUUUACUCUAUCAUACUGGGUCGGUUUCAUUUGAUGCUGUAGCUGUCUCUAAAAAUGUCCUGAUGUAUUCCAUGAUCCUCAAUUUUAUGUAUAUAUAACUAAUGUUAAAAUAUUACUGCCUUAACAGAUUAUUAAGAAAAUGUCAAUUUUAUACAUCUGUCAAUGCAGGUGGUCAUUGAAUGCAUGACUGUAUCUAUCUAGGCCCAUGGAAAAAGAGGUUUAAUAUAUAGGCCUUAUUAAAUGUUUGGAACUGGCUUUGAUUUGAUACGAUUGGUUUUAUAAAGACAUGCCAGCAGCUGUUACUCUUCAGUGUUUAUUUGCCCAUGAACUAUUACGUGUCUGGUCUUACCAUAGGUGCUAUUUGUUGUGAGUGAGCCCCAUAGGAUAUUAACAGUCUUUCUUGACAUUGUCUUGACAUUUGUGUUUGUAAAUAUGCCAUUUCCUAGCACAUCAGUAUCACUGUGUACAGUCAGCUGAAGUUUGGUUUUUACUUUGAUACUCUUUUGUCUUAUUACUGUUACACAGAAAAGUAGAAGAACUGUAACCUUUGUUCUCCUGAAGACAUUUAAAGUACGUUUUUAUGUUCUGAGCUUUAACGAUUGUAUGCUAGUUUUGUUUAACCAUGUUAUUAUUGCAUAUUAUCAGAGCAUUUCCCAUUGAAUUACCAUUUUCAAAAAAUAAAAAUCUUUGUUGUAAUUCUGUCAAAA